AUGAAUUCAAAUAUAAUUAAAAGAACUUAUGAGUGCUUAUAUACACAUCAGAAAAUACAAAAAAAUAAAAAAUGGCAAGAAGGAUAUUGUGAAAUAAUAGCUAGUUAUGGUAUGACUAAAAUAAAUUUGUUAAAUUUGAAUAAAAAUUGUAUAGAAAGUUCUGUAAAUAAUUCAAUAAAUUUUCUUAACAUCGAAGAAGAAAUAGAAUUAGCUAGUCAUUUAGUUCAGCUUGUUGACAUAAGUAAUUAUGAUGAAAAUGAAAUAAAAAAUGAAAAAGUUAAGAAAAGAAUUAGUACUUUUUUAUUAGAAAAUUUAGAUACAAAUAAAAAAAAAAGAGAAAGCUAUGAUUUAAAUUCACUUGAAAACGAUGAGAAAAAAAAUAAAGAAUUAAGUAAUCAUAAAAAAGCUGUAUAUACAAAUAAAAAUUUAAACUCUUAUAUUAAUAAAAAUAAAAAAUUUGAAAUACCAAGAAAAAUUAAUUAUGAAAUAAAUGAAAGUAAAAUAGAUGAAGACGAAAACGAACAGGAAGAAGAAAAAAAAAAGCAUGAUAUAUCAACUUACGAAGGUGUUAAGAAUAAUGUAACUAAUUUUAACUUAAAAUAUGAAGAAAAUGAAAAAACUGGGAAAAAUGAAAAAAAAGAAAAAAAUGAGAAUAAAUUUAUAAGUGUAACAUACACAAACAAGAAUUUAUUUAAUAAAAAAAAAAAGAAUAUAAAAUGGUUUGACGGAUAUAUUAAGAAAGUAGGAAAUACACUGACACUAUAUAAUUUUUCAGAAGAGAUAUUAUUUACAAAAAAAGAAGAGAAUAUAACAAAUGAUGAAUAUAUAACUUUGGGAAAUUUCAUUGUUUAUAAUAAUUUCAUAUGUAAAACAGAUAAGGAUGAAAUUAAAAUCAAGGAAAAUAUAUACCCUUAUUCAAGUCAUUAUAAAUACACUAAAAAUAAUAUAAAGUGUAACUUACAUGAUAUAAAUAUAAACAAGUUUGAUAAAGAAAACAUAGAAACAAAUUUAAGUAAGGAGAAUAACUUAAAUAUUUAUCAUAACAAAAAUAAUUCACAGAAUAACUCAGAUAGAGAUUUUAAAUGUCAUGACCAAGAAGAUUCUCCAUAUAAUACAUUGAAAAUACAAAAAAAUAUUUAUGAUAAAAAUUUUAAUAAAAUUCAUAAUAAAACCAUAGAAUAUGAUUUUUUAAAAGAAAAUGAUUGUAAUUCUUUUAAGAAGCAGAAAGAACAUGAAAUUCCUUUUUAUAGGAGCAAUGAUAAAAAAAUUUUUUUUUUAUGUGAAAAUGAUCAUAGUAAUAAUAUAUAUGAAGAAAUAAUUAAUAUAGGUAAAAUAACAAGCAAAAAUAAUUUUUCAUACAUAAAUAUUUUUAAAGAUAACUUUUAUAUGACAUUAGAUUCUGAUAUGAUAAAUUAUGUACAAAAAGAAAAUUUAGAUAAAACAAAUGAUAAUAAUUGUGAAGAAACAAAUGAAUUAAAUAAAUUUACAAAUGAUUUUGAAUCUUUUAAUAAUAGUAAAAAUAAUAAUAAUAAUAAUAAUAAUAAUAAUAAUAAUAAUAAUAAUAAUAAUAAUAAUAAUAAUAAUAAUAAUAGUAAUGGUAAAAUUUGUGAUAAUAACAAUAAGAGUGCUUAUAAUAAUACAAAUAAAAUACCUUCAAUAGGAUAUUUACAAAAUGAACCAAUUCAUUUAUCUAAUUUUAGUAAUAAUAAAAGUACACUUAAAUUAAAAAAUGAAAAAUGUUACUUAAAUAAUGUUUUAAAUAAAAAUACAGAAAACAUACAUGAAAAUAACACAAAAGAAAAUUCUAAUAAAUGUAAUAAUUUUGUUCAAGAUAAUUUAAAAAAAACAAAAGAGGAGUUCGUCUUACAUAAAGAUAUAAUAAUUGAAGAAGAAAACAUAAAAAAAAAUUUUUAUUCUGAAUUGUAUGAAAUAAAAAACAUAAGUAUUUUUGAAUCUAAUAACAUUAAUUUUUGUAUUAGUGAUAUUGAUAAUAUCAACAAAAAUAACUUAUUCUUACCCAUAUAUAUAACUAUUUUAAAAGAAAAAAUAGAUAUAAGAAAUAAGUUAAAUGAAUUACAAUAUUAUAAAAUACCGAAUUUUUUUAAAAACAAAUCAGAAUAUAUUUUAUAUUUUAUGAAUGCUAUUCUUUUUCAAAUAUAUUAUGAAGUUACGAAUAAAAUAUUAUAUUUUCAUAACAACUUAAUACAUUCAUUAAGUCAAAUAAAUGAUCAAAAAAAUAAAUGGAAAGGUAAUAAUAAUAAUUAUAUUGAGGAAAACCUUGAUUACUCUAGGAAUAAUAAUUCGAAAUUAGAUGAAAAAAAACAGAAUUAUAUAUCAGAUUUUUUGAAUGAAGAAAAAAAACAUAAUAAUUCAGAAGAUGAUUAUUUCCUAUUAUUACAAGAUGUUAAAAUUAUUUAUAGUGUUCAAGAUGAAAAUUUUAAUAAAUGUUGUAAAAACAGGUGUAAAUUUUUCCUGAAAAUUGGUGAAAAUGAUAAUUUUUUAAUACAAAAAAAUGGCACAAAAAAAAUUGAAGAUCUAAGUAAAUACAUUAGCGUAAAUCAUAUAAUAGUUUUAAGCAAAAAUAAUUAUUUUCUCGAUGAUAAAGAUUUGCUAAUUUUUAUUACAAAAUGGAAUUCCUUGAAAAAAGACCAUUUGGAAAUUUUUCCUUUGAAUUUAGAGACAUUUACAUAUAUGAACGAAAUAUUUAAAAAAGAAAAAAGCGAAUCAACAAAAGAAUAUUUUUACUUUUUUCAAAGACAUAAAAAAAAGAAUUUUUCUUUUUGUUUAUUUUUUAUUAAAAUUUUUGAUCAUAUGGAUAAUUUAAAAUAUUUAUUUUACUUUUAUAAAAACACAGAUAAAAUAAAGAACUAUAAAAAUGAUUUACAUAACAAUAUUAAUAAUAAUGAAGCAAACUAUGAUUUCAUCUUAAGUAAACUAGGAAUAAAAUAUUGUUCAGAAAAUAUUCCCGAUGAAUUUAUAAAAUUAAAUAACGUUAGUAAUGAUUAUAAAAAUGAAUUAAUAUUAAAUAUAAAAAAAAAUGAUAAUUUAAACACAAAACAGAAAACUAUACUUGAAUGCAUAAUUAAUUGGUUUAAAUAUAAUCAACAAGUAGAAGAAAAUAAUAAUAAAAAAAAAGAAAACUUAAUAAUAGAUAACCAAGAUAAUUUAGUAAAAAAUAAUAAUAGUGGCUUACUUGUUAAUGGAAUUUUUGGUUCUGGUAAAAGUACUCUUAUUUGCAAUAUUAUUUUAUAUUUAGAUAAAAUAUUAAGUUGUGAAGAAAAAAAAAUAAAAAAAAACAAAAGCAUUAUAAAAGAAAGUAAUGAAGAAAAAAAUAUGAAACAAAAUAAUAAUAUAAAAAAAAAUGAUUAUGAAAAAGACAUUAAGAAAAAUAAAGAAAAAUAUGAAAGUGAAAACGUUAGGAAAAAAAUAUUACUAAUGUGCAACACGAACUUAGGCGUUGAUAAUAUUCUUUUAAAAUUGAAAUUUGAUUUUGAUUUUUAUAAUUUUGCCAGAAUAGGAAGUAUUUUUGAAAUAAACUUUUUUUUAAUUACAAAUUUUAUUAAUAUAAAUUCAAAAGAAGAAAAAAAUAUAGAGGAACUCAAAAGAUAUUUAGAAAAUAUAAAUAACAAAUCAGACAAUUUGACUAAUAAUUUUAAUAAUAACAAUAUUAACGGAAAUAAUUAUAAAAAUUCAUUAAGUAAUUCCUGUAAUUCAGACGUAUAUAAAAUGAGUGAUAAUGAUUUAAAUAAAAUAGAAAAAAAUAAUAUGGAUAAAUUCUGUAUUGAUAAUAAAGAAAAAAUAAGAAAUGAUAUAAAUAAAAUAAAAAAUUUUGAUAUACUAGUAGAUAUUUUAAAAAAAAAAAAAGAUUUCGUUUUAAAAAAUAAAUAUAAAAAUAAAAGAGUUAUAGCAGGAACAUGUAAAAGUUUAUAUAUCUUUGAAAAAUUAAAUUCAGUAAAAAAAAGUAUUAAUUAUUUAAUUGUCGAUGAAUGUACUCAAAUAAAUGAAUUAACUCUUUUAAAAUUUUUUAUGAAAUUUCCAAUAAAAAAAUUUAUACUAAUUGGUGAUGUAAAACAACUGAGUUUUGUUUUAAAAAGUAAAAGUGAUUUAACGCGUAGUAUGUUUUCAAGACUUAUUGAAAAUGAGUUAUUUAUUAAAAAUUAUUAUAUGGAAUAUGAAGAUAAAUUAAAUAAUAUGGAUGAUAAUAAAAUUUAUACUAACAGUCAUUUAGAUAUAAAUAAAAUAAUGGAUGAUAUAAAUAACUUAAGUGAUGUAGAAUUUUCCCUUUUGAAAAAUAAUUUAUAUGAAAAAAUGUUUGAAUUAGAUAUUGAGAAAAAUGAUAUAGAAAAUGAUAUUAAAAAAAAAAAUUAUAUAAAAAAGGAUAAAAUUAAUUUAACCAAUGCCUUGUAUAUUAAUAAAUUAAUAAUUAUGAAUAAGCAGUAUAGAUGUCAUCCAAGUAUAAGUGAUUUAUGUAGUCAAUUAUUUUACAAUAAUCAUAUAAAAAAUGGGAAAAAUACAAAGAAAAUUAAAGUUCUUUACAAUAAAUAUGACUCUCACGUAAACUUAAUUUUAAUAAAAAAAAAUUAUAAAGAAAUUAAAUAUAAUUCUUCAUAUGUUAAUAUAUUAGAGGCUAACAUUAUUUUAAAUAUAUGUGAAAAUAUGAUUGAUAAUAACAUUAAGCCUGAAGAUAUAGGAGUAAUAACUUUAUAUAAGUAUCAAUCGUUUUAUAUAAAAAGUAAAAUGAAACAUUUAAAAAAUUAUGAUCAACUAAAAAAAAUAAAAGUUAGUACUGUAGAUGCCUUUCAAGGUUUAGAAAAAGAAAUAAUUUUAUUUUCAUGUGUCUUAAGUUCAUUUAUAAAUGAAAAAACGAUUGUUAAUAAAAAAAGGUGUUAUGUUUUAGAUAAUAAUCAAAUAAUUUACAAUAAUAAUAAUAUGAAUAAUGAAAUUUAUAAUAACAAGAUAAAUAAUAAAAAAACUAACAAUUUACUUAAAAGUAAAACAAUAAAUUUUAAUGUUCUCUCAAAAAAUUUAUCAAAUGAAAACUCUUCUUAUAAUAGUAAUAAUUAUUAUGAACAUUUUUAUGAAAAUAAAAACAGGAUAAAUGUAGCAUUAAGUAGAGCAAAAAGUCAAUUGAUAAUUAUUGCUCACAAUAAUUUUAUAGAAAAGAAUAAAAUAUGGAAUUAUAUCAAAUCUAAAUCAAAAGUAUAUUAUUAUGAUUAA